AGUAGGAGAGUCAGUAUACAGGCAGUAGCUUCGCCCACAACUCAGCUCUCCCGAGCUCUCAGGGCGUGAAUGAUAAACCCUAGCCUCCGAUCCGAGGCUCCGAGCUCGCUUCCCCUCUCUCUGCGACCAGGAGGCUGCUUAGUGCGGGGCAUCAUGCCUGCUGGUGACAACCCACACUCGAUCUCAGAGAAAAAGGCAGCACUGAGAGAAUCGCCUAAAGAACCUAAGAAUGUCGGUAAUCAGCAGCCCAGGACUUCUCCUUUUCCUAAGGAUAAAGCUGCUGGGACAGUUGGCAUCAAGCGGCCGCAACCUAAUGGUCCCUUGAACCCAACUAACCCAGGGACAAAUGGCCAUCUUGUAUAUGUGCGCAGGAGGCUUGAAACUGAUCAUAGCAAAGUUAGCUCUUAUGCUAGUGCAGAUAGUAUCAGUUCUCUAAGCUCAAAGAAAACUGUUGUAGACAGACCUCAGGAACAAGGUUUGAAGCAUCAGAACAGUUCGCUUCAAACUCCGUUAGCUCCUGCUGCAGCUGCUGCCACCUCCCCUGCUUCUCCAUCUGGAGGUUCGCUGCCUCAAAAUUCUCUCAGAAAGCAAUCUCUAGGAAAGGUGGUUGUUCAGCCAAGUAUUAUAGUGACUGCUAAUCCUCCACCUCGCAAUGUGGUGUCUACUACUUCAGUUCCUCAGAAUUCUAUAGCAGCUAAGUUGGCAUGUUCUAGUGUUGCCGCUGCUAGUCCUCCACCUCGCAAUCUGGUGUCUACCACUCCAGUUCCUCGUAAUUCUAUAACAGCUAAUUUGGCAUCUUCUAGUGUCGCGGCUGCUAGUCCUCCACCUCGCAAUCUGGUGUCUACUACUCCAGUUCCUCAUAAUUCUAUAGCAGCUAAUUUGGCAUCUUCCAGUGUUGCGGCUGCUAGUCCUCCACCUCGCAAUCUAGUGUCUACUACUCCAGUUCCUCGAAAUCCUAUAGCAGCCAAUGUGGCAUCUUCUAGUGUUGCGGCUGCUAGUCCACCUCGCAAUCUGGCGUCUACUACUAAAGUUUCUCAGAAUUCUAUAGCAGCUAAUUUGGCAUCUUCUAGUGUUUCGGCUACUAGUACAGCAUCUCGUGGUGCUGCUCCAGCAUGUUAUCCGGUUGAUCCACAAAGAUCAAGCAAUCAAGAUUGGAAAGAGAGGUUUAUUAGGCUGCAGGCUUUCUUGAGAAAUAACGAGCAAUCAGGACAGGAAGAAUAUAUCCACAUGCUUCGGUCUUUGUCAUCUGUUGGCCGAAGCAAGCUUGCCAUUGAGCUGGAGAACAGAGCAGUCAAGCUCUUGAUUGAAGAAGGGAAAGAGCUGCAGAAGAUGAAAGUUCUGAAUGUACUGAACAAGCUUUCACCUACUGAUGCUCUACCAUUACCAACUCAGCCUGCUUCUGUUAGGCAUCUGGCAUUUCCACCCCGCUGACGAGAAGCUGAAAGUUCAGCCAUGUCACGGCAUAAUAGGUGUUGAAGAAGUUCAUUCUGAAAUCUUCCCAGCUGACAACCUGAAUGCUAUAGCAUGGUUAGCAUGUGUUGCCUUUGUGACAAUAAGCCAUUUAUAUCUGCCAACUGAUGCUCUCUCAGUGUAUCAGAGCAUAUCGGCAGUGCGUAGUGUGCAUUCCAUUCCGUAGCCAAAGAAAUGCUCUGGAUAGACGGAUGGUUCAUCACUUCAUCUACUUCAACUAACCUGCAAAUUUCAUAGCCCCCUGUGCUGAUAUUUCUUCUGCGUGCAAAAUGAUUGCCAUGUUUCAUCUUGAACUAGUUAAGAUGAGGUGCAAAUGUGAAAUAUUUUCUUCGCACACGAGUCGUAUUGUAUGCCAGUGUCAUGUUUCAUGUUUCA